AGCUCGAAAAUCCAGACCAUUGUUUAACACCCCCUAGGUCUCCUCAAUACGUUUUACUAUAAACAUAAUUGGUUCCAGAAGUGUCGACAGAAACGAUAAAAGGCUUUGCGUAAAUCACAAGGAGAUAAAUUGAUUGAACCUCAAGUAUUCGGCCAUACCACUGAAGACACCUCCAAUUCACUAACAGGCUAAAUAGUCUUGGAACACAGCCUCGAAAUGUGGAGGACACUGUUGCAUGUGACAGUUAUGUUCGUUUUAUGGUGGGAGUGUUCCGGCUUUAUCUGGGAGCGGAACAAGAUCGUAAGCUCGGAUCCAGGGGAAAGUAAGUGAUGCCUUCAGAACUGACAGCGCCCAAAUACACAAGUUGAGACAAAACUCGAGUUUCCUUCUUACAUUACUUUUAGUUUUAGAGGAAAAAAGUAGAACACAAAAGUAUCAACAGACGUUAACUAAGAAAUGAACGAAUUUCCCUAUAGGAUUUCUUUUGGUUACAGGUCCAAAUGUUGAAGCCACCUAAACCUUUUCAGGUCUUCAUGCUUUCAAAAAUUUUCAGAUUUAGAGACUACCUCUGAUUCUCUCUCUAAGGUUCGGUUUUAACAAGUGAUAACUCACACUUGUUGUUUUUUUCAAUAAUUCAGCCGUAAAGUUAGGUAGCCCUAGUAGCAUGGCGGUUUUGGUUAGGCGCGCAAAGUAAAUAACGGCGGGCGAGGGCAGAGAAACAGUGAGGACGUUCGCCCGGGUUUUGCGCGCGUUUUUGCGGCUUUGCCGCUCAGUCGUGCUCCCGACAAAACUGCCAUGCUACGCAGGCUAAAAGUUAGGUUUCUAAAAAAGCAAACGGACGUUUUCUGAUAGCUUUCAGUCAUUGCAGCACUGAUAUUCGUUAGAAAAGCUUCACAGCGGCUUCAAGCAGCGAUAAUACAAACGGGCUAGGUUUUGCAAUUAAAAUUAAGACACUGCAGACAAGACCAAACACGACGUAGGUACAUUGACCUUAAAAAUAGAAUUCAAAAAGGACUUAGCAUAUCUUUUGUUAGCUGUUUGGAUAAACAAAGUUUUGUUUUGUCGAAGCUUGACCCAGCAUGCUAGCUAUUAAGACCAACAAAACUAUUCAAUUAAACUCGCUUAAAGAGAAAACCAACUGAGUGUAAUAAACACAGACAAAAAUCUUGGCAGGUUGUAAAAUUAUCUCUACUGAAUACCUUUUCAUUUUAAUGAAAACAAAAACAGACUCCAUGGUGACAUCUUUAGAGUUCAAUGAUAAAAUACUUAGGACAUUUCAAACAUAGCUUCUCGACUAAGAGUCAGAGUACAAGUUUAGGAGUCUCACUAAAGGGUUAAAAUUAAAUAAUAAUAAAAAAACGCUGUUUUGUGCUUUCUGUUGGUAAUGUUUAAUAGUUUUGUACAAGAUGCUUUAAAGUUGUGAAGUAGCUAUUUCUUCUGCAAAUUUUCGCCUUCGAUUUUGCUGCCAGCACAGCUCAGCCGGAUCUAAACUAGAGUUUGAGUCUGCUGUUAGAAAAAUCCUUACGUCCUGACUGUUAUAGUGGUCACUUUAAAGAAAGACUGAAGCUGCUGCUGAGAUCCUGAAGUGUGUAGUGUGUUCUCUCAUAUGAAAGCUACUGAGUACCUAUUCCUACGGAGCUGUUUAUCACGUACAUUGAAAUUAUUUCUCUUAUCUUUGCACGAGUCAUGCACUCUUAAGUCUUCAUACAAAACGCUUUCCGCCCUUCCUUACCUCUUCCUUUCACUCCCAAUGGUGGCCAAAGUAAAACAAAAAAAAAUCGCAAAAAUCCCAAAUUCCAUUUUCAAAUUGCCGAAAGACAAAUAUUAACAUGUGAAAGAACUGCUGGAGGGAUUUAGUUUGAAUGGUCACACCAAAUGAUUUCAUCCACAGACUCAAAAGUUACUGAGAACCACAUACUAAAUAAAUAGCACCACUACUGCUGAAGAUGUUUUAUUUCAAUAGUCACACCGUUGGAUUUCAUCCAAAGAUACAAAAGUUAGAACUAAAUACUGAAUAAAUAGUACCAUGUGAAAGUAUUGCUGGAGAGCUUUCAUUUGAAUGGUAAUACCAUAGGAUUUCAUCCAGAGACUCAAAAGUUAGAACUACAUACUAAAUAAAUAGUACCAUGUGAAAGUACUGCUGAAGAGGUUUCAUUUGAAUGGUCACACCAUAGGAUUUCAUCCACAGACUCAAAAGUUAGAACUACAUACUAAAUAAAUAGUACCAUGUGAAAGUAUUGCUGGAGAGCUUUCAUUUGAAUGGUAAUACCAUAGGAUUUCAUCCACAAACUCAAAAGUUAGAACUACACACUAAAUAAAUAGUACCAUGUGAAAGUGCUGCUGAAGAGCUUUGAUUUGAAUGGUAACACCAUAGGAUUUCAUCCACAGACUCAAAAGUUAGAACUACACACUAAAUAAAUAGCACCACGUGAAAGUACUGCUGAUGAGGUUUCAUUUGAAUGGUAACACCAUAGGAUUUCAUCCACAGACUCAGGAGUUAGAACCACCUGACGAGGCCCCAUCAUUCACUCUAGGUGUGAAAUGGAUACUGAACUUUAUUGCUGGUUUCUGAAUCCUUACUUGUGUUUACGAGAGGUUUUUUUUUUUUAUCAACAAAAAAGAAAAACAGAAGGCAAUCUUGUUAAGAUAGCUUCCAGCUCUUAAACAGUGUGUUGUAAUGUUAGACGAUUUAACCAAAUCUCAUCACUUGACAGGAUUUCAGAAAAUUCCACCUGCUCAAGUCACAGCCGACAAGUUAAUGCGGUUCUUCUUUGGCAUAGAUCACAGAGUCAUUCGACAACUACGUAGAAGACAUCGCAGGUCUGCGGACAUACCGACCCAGUCAUUUGCACAGUUCGAUGCGAUCUUCAUUAUAGACUCCUCAGCAUCGAUACGGCCUCAAGACUACAAAAAUACGCUACGGGCUCUGCAGCUACUUACAGGAAAGGCAGACAGAGACAGACGCUACGCGGCCAUUACAUUCUCAUACAACGCCACGGUCCGUUUUAAUUUCACCACGCGCCGUGACACCGUAUACAAACUACGCAAGAUACCUUUCGAAGCAGGGAAAACGAAUACUCAAGAUGCUCUCGAUAUUUGUCGAAGGGAGCUCAUAUUAAACAGCAAAUGCGGCGGUCGGCCUGGGGUAAGAAAGCGUGUUUUAAUAGUAACUGACGGACAGUCCAAUGUGGAUAAAGAAAAAACGCUGUAUCGCGCGUUGCAGAUCAAAGCUACGGGCACACAAAUCUUCGUGAUAGCCGUUGGCCGCUACCUCAGAGGUAUGUCGGAGAUCGUGGGCCUGGCGAGCUCCACCGACGCCCACCUUUAUCGCGUGCGUGAUGUUCAUGGGCUGAUGCGAGUGGUAAGGUUGAUUCCGCCAUGGCACAUCAUGAGAGAGUACUUACAUCACUCUUGGCUGAACGGCAUGUUAGCACGCCCAGUUACACACUGAAAGAGUACCCGGUGUUUCGGAUUACAGAGCUUACAGAGCCUUGGCAAUAGCAACGACACCUCAAAAAAUAACAAUUCGCUGAUUAAUCGUCCGAAAGCAUCAUGUAGACUGAACAGCGAGUUUAUAAGUCUUGGCAAGAGUGGUACUGAGUCAGUGUUUCAUCCGAGAAUAGACUAAUUGAUUGGUAUAAUUGGU